AUGAAAGAAACAAGUGGGCGUAUGUUAAAUGAUUCAGCCCCACCCCCCAAAUAUGCAAUGUCCUUGAGCAAAGCCUUGUUUUCUGCUUCAACGCUGUUGGGCAGAGUACUCAGGGCCAGGGUGAUGGCUUCUCCAGCAGAAAGUGAUUUCAAUACCAGUGCUGAGCUGGCAAAGAAGCAUUCCCCUGAAGAGAUUGCAAAGAGAGAAAAAUGGAAGAGUCAGCAGGAGGAACUCAAAUUGCGACUGAUGGAGGUGGAUAGUGAGGAGGUGUUGCAAUGGGGUUCAGCGGAGGGUAUGUUCUCACAGCUACACCAUGUAGCAGGAGUCGACAUAUCCUUUAUGAAGGAGAGUCCUAACCAAGCCUGUGCCAUGAUCAGCAUCCUCAACUUUCCACAGUUAGAGGUGGUACACACGAGUUGUGCAGCUGUGGAGAUGACUGAGCCGUACAUUCCUGGUUUCCUUGCCUUCAGAGAGGUUGGCUUUCUUCUAGACAGACUGGAGGAAGUGAGGCAAAACCACCCUCAAUUCACUCCUCAGGUGAUUCUUGUGGAUGGAAAUGGCAUACUCCAUCCUAGAGGCUUUGGUAUAGCCAGUCACCUUGGUGUUCUUUCUGGAAUACCCUCCAUUGGUGUGGGCAAGAAGUUAUUCCAUGUGGAUGGGAUAGAACAAAGCCCACAGCACAAACAAAAGAUUGUGGACUUAUUACAUAAGAAAGGUGACUAUUUCAGUCUUGAAGGCACAUCUGGGCGCGUUUGGGGAGCUGCUCUAAAAACGUCCGAUGAAGCAUCUAAUCCCGUGUAUGUGUCUGUGGGACAAAAAAUAUCCUUGGAGACUGCAGUGAAGCUUGUUAUUGCCUGCUCUAUGAAGAGGGUACCAGAGCCAAUUAGACAGGCUGACAUUCAAUCAAGGGAGUAUCUCAGAACGAAAUAAUGCUAGCAACAAGUUUUUGAUUCCAAUUCAAUUUUUAGAACUGUCCAAUGAAUGGUAACUUUAAAAACAAUUCCUAGUGUCUUUAUUUUUAUAGCCUUUUUUAUAGGCAUAUUGCUGAUUACCUGUACAUGUACAUACAGCAUAAUUAAUAUUGCAGUCAGUG